CGAUCCAAAUAAAGGCAGAAACCCAGAUGAGUUAGCUUGCUACAGACAUGGACCCACACCGGAACCAGCUGCUGGUGGUUUUAAAACCAGAAACGAAGCUGCGAGGAGAAGCUUUACUUUCAGAUGUCCAGAAAGUGAUUGUUGGUGAGGAACAGCAGGAGUGGAGCUCUAGUCUGGACCAGGAAGAGCCAGUGCCCCCACACAUUAAAGAGGAACAGGAGGAACUCACGGUCAGUCAGGACCAAGAGCAGCUUUAUGGGCUGGAGGAGGCUGAUAUCACCAAGUUCCCAUUCACUCCUGUCCAUGUGAAGAGUGAAGAUGAUGAAGAGAAACCUCAGUUCUCACAGCUUCAUCAAAUACAAACUGUAGGGAUGAAGACAGAAGCUGAUGGAGAGGACUGUGGAGGACCAGAACCAGCCAUUGACAGUUUGCGAUCGCAACCAGAUGAUGAUAAGAAUGGAGACUCAUCUGAACCUGAGACUGAUGACAGUGCUGAAUGGAAAGAGACAAGAGAAACUCAGUCAGGUUUAAACUCUCUGAAUAAUGAAGUCCCUGUCUGUGAUUCAAGAUGUAGUAAUGGAUAUCUUAAGAGAGACACAGGAUCUUAUACAGAAGAGAAACCGUUUAGCUGCUCAAUUUGUAGGACAUAUUUUUCAGUGAGUAGAAAUUUACAUAGACACAUGAGAACCCACACAGGAGAGAAACAGUUUAGUUGCUCAGUCUGUAAAAAAGCUUUUACAGUGAGAGGAAGGUUAAAUACACACAUGAGAAUACACACAGGAGAGAAACCAUUUAGCUGCUCAGUCUGUAAUGCAGUUUUUACACAAAGUGGACAUUUAAAGAAACACAUGAGAAUCCACACAGGAGAGAAACCAUUUAGCUGCUCAAUCUGUAAGAAAGCUUUUAUAGAGAGAGCAGGUUUAAAGGCACACAUGAGAACCCAUACAGGAGACAGACCAUUUAGCUGCUCAAUCUGUAAGAAAGCUUUUAUAGAGAGAGCAACUUUAAAGGCACACAUGAGAACCCACACCGGAGAGAGACCAUUUAGUUGCUCAAUCUGUAAGAAAGCUUUUACAGUGAGUGGAGGGUUAAAUAAACACAUGAGAAUCCACACAGGAGAGAAACCAUUUAGUUGCACAAUCUGUAAGAAAGCUUUUACAGAGAGAGGACAUUUAAAGGCACACAUGAGAAUCCACACUGGAGAAAAACCAUUUAGCUGCCCAUUCUGUGAGAAAACUUUUACAGUGAGUGGACAUUUACAGCAACACAUGAGAAGCCACACAGGAGAGAAACCAUUUAGCUGCUCAGUCUGUAAGAAAGCUUUUACAUUGAGGGAAACUUUAAAGGGACACAUGAGAAUCCACACUGGAGAGAGACCAUUUCGCUGCUCUGUCUGUAAUACAGCUUUUAUACAAAGUGGAAGUUUAAAGAAACACAUGAGAAUCCACACAGGAGAGAGACCAUUUAGCUGCUCAUUUUGUGAGAGAACUUUUGCAGUGAGGGGAAAUUUACAGAAACACAUGAGAACACACACUGGAGAGAAACCAUUUAGCUGCUCUGUCUGUAAGAAAGCUUUUACAGUGAGUAGAACUUUACAUAGGCACAUGAGAACCCAUUCAAGAGAAACCAGUUAGCUAUGUAAAGUGGAGCUCUAGUGUAUAAGGAGAGCAGAGAACCUCAGUCAAGUCUCUACACAUGUAUAAGAUGUAAUACUCUGGGUCCUUAAAACGUUUAAAAUAUGAUUGGAUUUUUUGGCUUUAAUAUAUCUUGAAUAUGAUUUUGUGUUAAGAUGAUAAGUGUUAAUGUAUUGAAUUUUGAGGUUAAUGUGGCUGUCGGUAUCCCAUGAACUGG